UUGAUAUCAUGUACUGGAGGAGAUGUUGCAACUGAUUGCGAUGUAGACGUCAUGGAAGCUAGUAUUGGUGAAAGAACAGAUGGUGCAGCAAAGAUUGAUUGUGUUGUAGACGUCAUGGGAGCUAGUAUUGGUGAAGGAGAAGAUGGUGCAGAAAAAAUUAAUUCCGUUGUAGACGUCAUGGGAGUUGGUACUGCUGGUUGUGGCGGAGAUUCCACAUAA